AUGAUGAUGAAAAUAUGUAUUAUUUUGUUUACUGUUUUUCUAAGUACUUAUUGUGUAUCAAUAUUGGAUGAAAAACUCAAUAAUUCAUGGUCUCUUUUUAAACGUAUUCAUAAAAAACAAUAUGUAUCAAUCGAAGAAGAAAUAACUCGUCGAACUAUUUGGGAAAGUCAUUUAGUUAAAAUUCGCCAACAUAAUUUCGAAGCUGAUUUAGGUAUUCAUAGUUAUACAUUAGGAAUGAAUCGAUUCGGUGAUUUAACUCAUGAAGAAUUUAAAAAGCAAAUGAAUGGAUUUAAAAUGCCGAAUAAAAUCAAAAAUAAUAAUUUAGAUCAUCAAGCAUUCGUUGUUCCAUCUGAUGUUAUUGUUCCACGUGCUGUUGAUUGGAGAAAAGAAGGUUUUGUCACACCAGUUAAAGAUCAAGGUCAAUGUGGUUCAUGUUGGGCGUUUUCAGCAACAGGUUCAUUGGAAGGUCAACAUUUUGUUCAAACAACACAACUUAUUUCACUUUCGGAACAAAACUUAAUUGAUUGUUCAAGUAGUUUUGGUAAUCAAGGUUGUAAUGGUGGUCUUAUGGAUUCAGCUUUUCAAUAUAUUACAGUUAAUGGUGGUAUUGAUACUGAAGAAAGUUAUCCAUAUGAAGCACAUGAUGGUAAAUGUCGAUUUAAUCGUACUAAUAUUGGUGCUAAUUCAACGGGUUUUCGUGAUAUUACAUCUAAAGAUGAAGCUGCUCUGGCAUAUGCAAUUGCAAUCAUUGGUCCUAUUUCAGUUGCUAUAGAUGCUUCACAUCCUUCAUUUCAAUUCUAUAAAUCCGGUGUUUACGACGAACAAAAUUGUUCAUCAACAAAUCUUGAUCAUGGUGUAUUAGCUGUUGGUUUUGAUGCUACUGAUAGUCAACUUUAUUAUAUUGUUAAAAAUUCUUGGGGUACUUCAUGGGGUCAAGAUGGUUAUAUUUGGAUGAGUCGUAAUAAAAACAAUCAAUGUGGUAUUGCCACAAUGGCUAGCUACCCUCGUGUUUAA